AUGCUCACUGAUGAGAUACAACUUAGGCUUAAGGAGCAAGAUCAGAUAUUUAAUACUGAAGAUAGAGGAUUUAUUGAGGUAGAGCAUGAAAGAGAGCGUACACUUAAAGUUACACAAGCUUAAUUGAAGGAGAUAUUACCAGUUUAAGCUGCUCAGAAUAUAUUUGACAUUUCUUUGAAUGAGUUUGGACCAUAUAAUGGGCUAGAUGUCACAAGAAAUGGCAAGAAUAUAUUAUUAGGAGGAAAGAAAGGUCAUGUCUCAGUUAUUAAUUGGAAAAAGAAAGAUCUUAAAACUGAAUUCCAUGCAAAAUAACUAAUAAGAGAUGUGAAGUUUCUGUAAAAUGAGAAAAUGUUUGCAGUUGCUCAAAAGAAAUAUUUGCAUAUCUAUGAUUCAAGUGGUAUAGAAUUGCAUUGUAUGAGGGAUCACCAAGAGCCGAAGCUACUUGAUUUUUUACCUUAUCACUACUUGCUUGUUUCUGCAUCUAAACUUGGAUUUGUUAAAUAUCUAGAUGUGUCCAUUGGAUAAGUUGCAGCUGAGAUAAAAACUAAAAGAGGAGAGCCACUUUGUAUGCAGUAAAAUGUACAGAAUGGAGUUAUUUGCGUUGGCCACACAACUGGAGAGGUUACAAUGUGGACUCCAAAUAUGGGUUCUACUCCUGUAGUUAAAAUGCUGACUCAUCCCUCAGCACCAGUCUUAUCAUUAGCAACAUCAAGAUGUGGCAAAUAUAUGGUAACAACUGGUAAGGACUCUAAGUUCAAAGUUUGGGAUAUAAGAAAUACUUUCUAGAGUGUGCACACAUACUUUAGUCCAGUUCCAGCAGUUACAUCAACUUUCUCUGAUACUGGUUUAAUUGGCUUAGGUUUUGGGAAUGAAGUUUAAGUAUGGAAAAAUGCAUUUGCAGAAAAACAAAAAGCUCCAUAUAUGAAAUAUAGACUACCAAAUAAGUCUUAGGUUUCAAAAGCACUAUUUUUACCAUUCGAGGAUGUUUUGGGUAUAUCUCACGCUUCAGGAUACUCUUCUAUUAUUGUUCCUGGAUCAGGCGAGGCAAAUUUUGAUGCAUUUGAAGCCAACCCAUUUGAAACUAAGAAGCAAAGACAAGAAGCUGAAGUACACAAUCUCUUAUAAAAGCUCCAACCAGAGACUAUUUCAUUAAAAGUAAACACGAUAGGAAUGAUUGAUGACGCUGCUCCAGAUGUAAAGGCAAAGGAGUAAAGAGAAUUGGAAGAAGCAUAAAUCGAAAAAUUAAGAAAGAAAGACAGAAAGAAGAACAAAAUGAGAGGUAAAGCUAAGAUUGGCAGAGAAAUGGGAAACAAAACUCAUUAGGUUCAUGAAGCAAUGAGAGAAAAGAACAAGCUUUAAUAUCAGAAAGAAUAUCAAAAGACUAAACAAGAACAGGAUAUGCUUGAAAAUGAUAUGGAAUUCCUUGAUAAAAUUGAAGAUAAGUUUGAUCCUCUUGAAAGCUAUUUUAUCUAAUAGAAUAAACCAAGCAAGAGACAGAAGUUCUGA